CCCCGCAUGGAGCCCGUGCGGCUCCCCGACGCGGACGCCUUCCGGGCUUUCCAGGCGGAGUGCCUGGCCGAGGGGGGCUGGCUGAGCCGCUACAGCCGGGACGGCGUCGCGGUCUGGGGGCAGCCGCCCCGCCAGGGAGACUUCGCCGUGCACCGCGUCAAGGGCCGCGUCAACAUGCCGGACGUGCCAGCCGAGACGGCCUACGACGUGCUCCAUGACACUGAAUACCGCAAGAAGUGGGACCUGAACGUCAUUGAGACGCAUGAGAUCGCCCGCCUCUCCGACAAUGCUGACGUGGGCUACUAUUCGUGGAAGUGCCCCAAACCUUUAAAGAACAGAGACGUGGUGACGUUGAGGUCCUGGCAAGUUCUGGAUAACUCUUACAUCAUCCUCAACUUUUCCGUUAAGCACCCGAAAUACCCCCCGCGCAAGGACCUGGUGCGGGCCGUGUCCCUCUCGGCUGGGUACUUGGUCCAACCCACUGGACCCAACAGCUGUAGUUUGACUUACCUGGCUCAGGUUGACCCUAAAGGAUCCUUGCCAAAAUGGGUUGUGAAUAAGGCUUCUCAGUUCCUGGCACCAAAGGUGAUGAAGAAGAUGCACAAGGCCUGCUUGAAAUACCCCUCCUGGAAGCAGCAGCAUAGCAUGGACAUAAAGCCAUGGCUGUUCCCCAAGCAAAACCAGCUGCCUGUCAUGGCCCUCUCUGACCUCAGUCUGCAGCAUGCUUCCUCUCUGGAGAACAUAGAUGAGAGCGGCCUGAUGGAAGCCAAGGAAGAGAAGGGUGACACCAGUGGUUCAGAGAACUGACGCUGCUGCUGCGGCUCCCUCUGGCUUCGGGGGCUCUGAGCUACUUUGUUAUUGUGCCUUUCCCAGUUGGUUUUACAAUAAAUGGUGGGGAAUUAUGAGUUUGUUUUCU